CUUCCCACAAUCCACUUUCCUUCCGCACAUAGGACAGACUUCAUUAGAACGGAGUCGAGAGAUCUAAGGAGACUAGUUUGUAUUACUAUCGCAGAUUCUUGCAAAUUUAAACCCGUUUUUAUUGUGAGCUAGAUCAGGUACCUGCUUUGUAAAUAUGAAUCUGUCUGCGAUGAACCGCGCUACGACGAGUGUCGUUAGCCUUCUCUCCCCUUAUGGUCAAAAUGGAGGCUCUGAGAAUGGCAUUUACUCCUGCACCAUUUACCAGCAUGGGGCCUCUAGAACGCCUAUGGUCUCACCAAAACUGCAAAUGGAGGACGAACUGGAUAACUGGUCGGAUGAGGUGGAGAGUCAUCAAACGGUCGCCAAGCCUGUAAAAAAUGGACAGAAGAAUAGAUUAAAGUUGGAAAGUCACUUCCUAACGAGUGGCAACGAGGACGGGUCCCUGCCAUCUUCCCCGGACUCGCCGUCGGACUGCGUGAAAUUGGCUGAUUACCCUGUUGGCUAUAACCGACUGGACUGCGAAACACGGGAACUACUUGGACAUUUCUUUCGGAUUUACACCGGACUCAGUCAGCCCGGGCGGAGCAGGAGCAAGGCUUUGCCGACGCUUACGCGAGUUGUGAACGAUGUCAUUGGAAAACAUCAGAUCGCUUACAAUGGCAUGAUCCAGAAGCUGUCUCUGGACCAGAGGGAGGAUGACAUGAGCUUUGUUACCACGGUGGCGGAGAACCUCUUCAGCGACGGCACCACCAACUGGGGCCGCGUGGCGAGCCUGGUGGCGUUCGGUGCCAUGAUCUGCAAGCGGCUGAAGGAGAACGGGCGCGACCGGUGCGUGGACACCGUCGCCGACCAGAUCUCCUCUUACCUCCUCGCCAACAAGCAGGACUGGUUGCUAAGCAACAAAGGAUGGGAUGGAUUUGUGGAGUUCUUCCACGUGGAGGACCCCGAGUCGGUGGUGCGGAACGCGCUCAUGGCGUUUGCGGGCGUGGCCGGCAUAGGGGCGGGGCUCGCCUUCCUGAUCCGGUGAAUCCGCCCAGCCAGAUAGGGGCGCUGCCAUUCAAAUCUCCUUAGGGGGUGGUGUCUAAACGGCAGAGGCGGGACGGUCUGGGGGGGGGCGUCACGGCGCGUAUGGAGUGAACGAUGACCGCCGAACGGACCAGGACAUCCCGCCAGAGCUUGUGGGAUGUCGGGAAGUGUGGGAAGUGGGUUUCCAUGGACUUCCGAAAACGCUGUGGACCCGCCGUGCCCCGCCCGCCGCUGAUGGGACUGUGUGUGUGGCCGUUAGCUUGGGUGGUUAUCUUAAUGAAACUUUCUGAAAGGAGCAUGAUGUGGAAGCUUCCCAGGAGCUGCGGAGUCCUAAUAUGUUGAUUAACAGAAGAGACUAUGACUGUAAUCAUGACAAUUUCAUUGAAUUUAUUAUUAUUAUUAUUAUUAUUAUUAUUAUUAUUGUUGUUGAUUUGAUCGUAUUAAUACAAAUGGCAUUUUUAUGAUAACCACCCACUUAUUUUUUUUUGUUGUUCAGCUAAAGCAUCUCUGUAAAUAAAAAUAAAUAUUUAUAUUUUUUGGUGCUUUGCUUGAUACAGGCCAUCAGUCUUUUGGGACCCAUUGCCCCUCAGAAGCCGUUUGCUUUUUGAAUAAAAAAAAAAUGACAUCAAAAUUAAA